CUCAGAUUCAAACUCCGACUCCCACUUUUGUCGAGUGGAAGAUGAUUGGAGUCAUUGUCUUAGUUUAGACUCUAGUCCUAGUCCUAGUCCUAGCUAGAUCCAAAUAAUUCAAACACCAAUAGCCAAUGUUGUCCCUCCUUCACUUCCGUGGGCGGAAACCUCGAAGCCGCAAAUAUAGCAUACCUUUACCGAGGCGUCAAGCCACCAACUUUAUUUCUUCCUCUUUAAAAAACAUUUCAAAAAGAUUUUCUCACUGAAUCAACUGAAGUUAAGAACACUGAAACAGACCAAUCAAUCUAAGCAUUCAAAUCAAACCCUAACUAUGGCGGCAGUAGCAGUUGCUAAUGGUGACGUCUCCCCAGCAAAACCCGCUCCAAUGGCUGGAAGAUUCUCAAAUGUCUACAGUGAGCUUCAGAGGGGUCGUAUCGAUCACUCUCUUCCUCUUCCUAGCGUCCUCACUGGUAACUUCAAUGUCGUCGAUGGUCCUAAAAGUUCUGCUGCCGGAAGCCCUGAUGAGAUUGCAAAGCUCUUUCCUUGCUUAUUUGGUCAACCUUCAUCGAUUAUGGUGCCAAGUGACUCUGAGGGACUGUCGUCAGAUCAGAAGCUCAAAAUUGGCGUUGUCUUGUCAGGAGGGCAAGCACCAGGGGGGCACAAUGUCAUUUGUGGGAUUUUUGAUUACUUGCAAGCUCGUACUAAGGAUAGCAUAGUCUAUGGAUUCAGAGGUGGCCCUGCUGGGAUCAUGAAAUGCAAAUAUGUAGAGUUGACCUGGGACUUUGUCCACCCUUACAGAAAUCAGGGUGGGUUUGACAUGAUUUGUAGUGGUAGAGACAAGAUUGAAACUCCAGAACAGUUUAAACAAGCAGAAGAGACGGCAUUGAAACUAGAUUUGGACGGGCUUGUUGUUAUUGGUGGAGAUGACUCAAAUACUAAUGCUUGUCUUCUUGCUGAAAACUUCAGGAAUAAAAACUUGAAGACGCGUGUCAUUGGUUGCCCGAAGACAAUUGACGGUGAUUUGAAAUGCAAAGAAGUGCCAACUAGUUUUGGAUUUGAUACAGCUUGCAAGAUAUAUGCAGAAAUGAUUGGAAAUGUUAUGAUAGAUGCUCGUUCAACUGGAAAGUACUAUCACUUUGUAAGGCUCAUGGGUCGUGCAGCCUCACACAUCACCUUGGAGUGUGCUCUACAGACUCAUCCGAACAUUAGUCUUAUUGGAGAAGAGGUUUAUGCCAAGAAACAAACCUUGAAAAAUGUGACAGACUAUAUGGUAGACAUUAUCUGCAGAAGAGCUGAACUUGGCUACAAUUAUGGUGUCAUACUGAUUCCUGAAGGCUUGAUUGAUUUUAUCCCUGAGGUUCAGAAACUUAUUUCUGAGCUAAAUGAGAUACUGGCCCAUGAGGUUGUUGAUGAAGCUGGUCAAUGGAAGAAAAAACUGACAGCUCAGUCUUUGGAUCUGUUUGAAUUUCUACCACAAGCCAUUCAGGAGCAACUGAUGCUUGAGAGAGAUCCACAUGGAAAUGUCCAGGUUGCUAAAAUUGAGACAGAAAAGAUGCUUAUCCAAAUGGUUGAGACAGAGCUCGAGAAGAGGAAGCAGCAAGGCAUGUACAAAGGUGAUUUCAGAGGACAGUCUCACUUUUUUGGAUAUGAGGGAAGGUGUGGUUUGCCCACCAAUUUUGAUUCAUCAUAUUGUUAUGCUUUGGGAUAUGCAGCUGGCGCUCUGCUUCAUGCUGGAAAAACUGGACUGAUAUCAUCAGUGGGAAAUCUCGCUGCACCUGUUGAGGAAUGGACUGUUGGUGGAACAGCAUUGACAUCUCUAAUGGAUGUGGAGAGGAGACAUGGGAAGUUCAAGCCCGUGAUCAAAAAGGCUAUGGUGGAACUGGAUGGUGCACCAUUUAUGAAGUUUGCUUCCUUACGAGAUGACUGGGCGAUCAAUAACCGGUACAUUAGUCCUGGUCCCAUUCAAUUCGUUGGUCCUACAUCAAAUGCCGUGAAUCAUACGCUUCUGCUGGAGCUCGGGGCUCAAGUCUAGAGAGGUUUUUGGUCUUAGUCAUUUAGGAUAUCGGCUCUAGAGAAGGCACAUACUAUGUGUGGGUCUGCGCGUUUUGCUCGUUUACCUGUUGCUUCCGAAAAUUUCUCAAUGUGUUUUCAUGGUUAGGCUUUCGGAUGAUAUUUGUAUGGUUCUGUUUUUGUGGUCAUUAUCAUUAAUAACUAGAAUUUGAAUAAUUAAAUUAAUGUUUUCGUUUAUAAUGGAAAUUUAUCAUACUGUA